CUUCUCUCUCUCGCCCUUUCGUUUUGCUCUCGCGGAAAGAGAGACCAAUCAGAGUUCUGAGUUCUGACCUCCGACUUCUGCAGAACUCGUCGACGAGAAGCCGGCGAAGAAGACGACCGCGCAUCCCAUCUUCAUCGGAGGACCUCGUUUUGAACCAUGUAUCAUCCCACCAGAGGCGGCGUUCGCGGCGGCCGAGAUCAAUUUAGCUGGGAAGACGUUAAGGCCGACAAACAUCGAGAGAAUUAUAUCGGUCACAGCCUAAAGGCACCUGUUGGUAGAUGGCAGAAAGGAAAGGAUCUGCACUGGUAUGCCAGGGAUAAGAAAUCAGAGGCUGCAGAUAUGGAGGCUGCUAAGGAAGAGAUAAAAAGAAUCAAAGAACAAGAGGAGCAGGCAAUGAGGGAGGCGCUUGGAUUAGCUCCUAAGCGCACUAACACAAAUCAGGGCAGUCAACUUGAUAAGCAUGAGCUGAAAGAACUGGUGAAGCGAGGCUCCACGGCAGAGGAUUUGGGUGGAGGUCAUGCUGAAGCAGCACGUGUACAUGGUCUGGGUUUCGCAAGUUCUGGCGGUGUGCCCAUCUGCAGACUGCCUCGUCCCUGGGAAGAAUCAAGUUCUGUUCAACCCAGUCAACCAGUAGUUUCAGCUGACAUAGAGAAAGUUGUUGCGCCUGCUCCUGACUCAGCAGCAAGGAAAGCAGAUUCCAGUGAGGAGUCUGAGGAUGAACGUAGCAGGAAGAAGAGGAGGCGGGAGGAGAAGAAGCGUGAAAAGCAUGACAAGCGCGAAAAGCAUGACAAGCGCGAGAAAAGAUAUGCUCGUGAUUCUGAAGACAAGAAGCACCCCAAGCACAAGGGGAAGAAGAGACAUGAUUCAGAGUCAGACUAAAAGUCUCUCUCGUCAACUAUUGUCAUUCCAAUAACGAUAGAUUCUACUACUUGUUUUCGUAAGGCACUGUAAAAGUUGCACCUUUGUUGGAGACUACUAUUCAUUGGCAGAGCAAGCGGAUGGAGAAGAACACUGAGCGAACCCUA